AUGUGUAUGGGGGCCAGCAUUUCGGGUACAACCGGUGCUGAGCCGCCCGUAAAGAUCGAUGUCUAUUACGAGAGUCUGUGUCCGUACAGUAAAAAUUUUAUUGUCGACCAAUUGAUCCCCACUUACAAUAAGGUCGCCUCAAUCAUCACCGUUGGUCUCAUCCCAUUCGGUAACGCAAAAUGGACAAAGAUUGAAAACCCUAAUGGUAAUUUUGACGUCGAGUUUACCUGUCAGCAUGGUGAACAGGAGUGUAUUGGCAAUAGGAUACAUGACUGCGUUCUGCUCCGGGAAUCGAUCGAUAGGACUCUGGCCUUCACUGAUUGUAUAUUUAAGUCGUCUCAAUGGAAAACACCGGCCAGUGCUGGCAAACAGUGUGCCGAAGAGGUGAGACAAAAUUGGACCACCAUCAAUGAGUGCCAGACGGGGCCGUUGGGUCGGGGCCUGUUGUUAUUGCACGGCGAGAGGCAUAUCAGUCAAAACCCGCGACCUAAUUACGUGCCCUGGAUUGCCAUCAAUGGUGUCCACAACGAGGACUUGCAGGACAGGGCACAGAAAGACCUGUUAACCCUAGUGUGCGAUACCUAUACGGGCCCGAAACCAUCGCAAUGCAAUCAAAUUUAAAAUAAACAUGU